AUGGCUCUCUACAACUUCCUGUAUUUUAUACCUUUAAUUCUAUCUAUCUAUCUAUCUAUCUAUCUAUCUAUCUAUCUAUCUAUCUAUCUAUCUAUCUAUCUAUCUAUAUCUAUCUAUCUAUCUAUCUAUCUUUUCAUAUCUUAUCUAUCUAUCUAUCUAUCUAUCUAUCUAUCUAUCACAUUCUUCAUAUCUAUCUAUCUAUCUAUCUAUCUAUCUAUCUAUCUAUCUAUCUAUCUAUCUAUCUAUCAUAUCUGUCGAUCUAUCUAUCAAUUAGCCUUUUCAUGUCUAUCUAUCUAUCUAUCUAUUACAUUCUUCAUAUCUAUCUAUCUAUCUAUCUAUCUAUCACAUUCUUCAUAUCUAUCUAUCUAUCUAUCUAUCAUAUCUGUCUAUCUAUCUAUCUAUCAUAUCUAUCAUCUAUCUAUCUAUCUAUCUAUCUAUCUAUCUAUCUAUCUAUCUAUCUAUCUAUCUUAUCUAACAAGGCUCUAUCUAUCUAUCUAUAAAUCGUCAUAUCUUUUCUUUCUAUCUAACAAAAAAAAAAAAUAUCUAACAAAAAAAUCUAUCUAUCACAAACUUCAAACAAACAAUCUAUCCGACAAAUAUUUAUCGUCAAAUAAGAACGAUCUAUCAAUCAAAAACUUCAUUAUCUAUCUAUUUUCUAUCUAUCUUUUUCGAAAUUCCGCAUCUAUCUAUCUAUUUUCAUCUAGUGGGUAUCUAUCUAUCUAUCUAUCACAUUUUAAUCUCAUCUAUCUAUCUAGACAUCUAUCUAUCUAUCUAUCUAAUCUCAUUUAA